GUUCAGGGGUCACUGCUUGACACGGAAGUACUAACGCUCCUUUUCCGCCUUCGCCUCGGCGCCGCGCAACACGAGUCCUCAUCCUGUCUCGCUUUUUUUGUUGUUGUUGUUAAAAUAUCGAUUACAACGGAUAAAGCGACCAGUGUACAACUUCGGCGAUGGUGAAUAUGUCAUAUUCGAACUGCUUAAAUUUGAUUAGCCACCUAUCAAAGUGUGUUGAACUUAAGUAAAAUGGUCUAGGAUGUCCUCGGUUUAUGCUAACCAGAUAGCUACCAUCAAUCUAGCUCGCUAGCAUAAAAAGGAUGAUGCGUUGGUGUCAGUUUAGCUAGCUAAUGUUAGUAUAAUAAAAGCUGGCAAGUACGAAAAUGUGGCACCUUUUGGUUGAUCAAUCGUUACUAGCAAUUGAUUAUGUUAGUCAUCCCCAACAUUGUCGAUGUUAUGCACAAUGCUAAAGUUAUUUGGUUGUCCAAUAUGUUUGCCAUCCCAUACGGUCAUUGAGCCAAGCGUUAGCACGUAGCUAGGUAGCAAAUGAUUCAGCCAGUGACUCCCAUUCUCAGAAUAGUUUAGAAGAUUUCGAUUUUGGCACCGUCAAUUAGCUAGCUAGCUAUAAACCUCAUCGUCAAGUCUUCUUGUAGGUCUCUAACUCAUAAAUACUGGUUUAGUUAGCUACCUGUUAGUGCUAGUAAAACAGUUGCCAAUAUUGAACUGGCUGUGCAGUUCACUAACUUGCCUUGUUCUUGUGCCCUGCAGAAACCCAUCCUGCUACAGGGCCAUGAAAGGUCUAUCACACAGAUCAAAUACAACCGAGAGGGAGACCUGAUCUUCUCUGUGGCCAAAGACACAGUAAGUAAGAAAUUAUACACAGAAGAAUGCCAUGUGUAUAUAGAAAUAUAUCACUCAUCCACCACCAGUAAGUUUUAACAAUUCACAUUGUUUGUGCUUUAUUCACAGGUAGCGAACGUGUGGUACUCUGUGAACGGGGAGAGGCUCGGAACUUACAAUGGACACACUGGAGCUUUGUGGUGUGUGGACUGUGACUGUAUCUUUUACUCAAGACAUUCAACAGCCAUGCGCACCAUGGUGCAAUUUACCAUUAUUAUGGCCCAGCGUUCUGGGUUAUCAUGUCAAAUGACCUACAUUUUAACCUUUUAUUUGAAUGAGAAUUACACCAAAAAUGAAAGCAAUUGUCUGAGGAUGGUGCUGGACCAUCAAAGAAAAAGAUUUAAAAAGGUCCAUGUCAUGUUACCUGUUUACAUGUUAUGAUGUUUCUAGAAGGGUCAGUGAGUGUUGGGGUUUUGUUUGGGGGUGUAUAUAUAACAAAUGAAAAUUAAAAAUAUACUCUAGAAAUAAAUAAAGUAGAAAAUUAUUUAAAAAUAAUAAUAAUUGUAAAGUGGUUAUCCCACUGGCUAUAAGGUGAAUGCACCAAUUUGUAAGUCGCUCUGGAUAACAGCGUCUGCUAAAUGACGUAAAUGUAAUGUAAAUGUAUAUGAUGUUCCUAGAAGGGUCAUUGAGUGUUGGGGUUUUGUUUAGGUUCCUUGUUAUGGGCAACAUGAAUGUACAGGGGGUAGGUAAUAUGAUUGUUGCUGGUUGUCCUUAACUAUGCUCUCAGGGGACACCAAGAAUGUGUUGACAGGAUCGGCAGACAACAGCUGUAGACUAUGGGACUGUGAGACGGGUACGUAGGUGUGUGUGUGUUUGAGAGAAAACAAAAGAUGACAACUCCUUUAGUGGAUCAGAUACCUGUAUGUGUGUUAGUGCAUGAAUGUUUGAGACUGAGGUUUGUUGAAUAACUUCCUGGUAUGUUUGUGAGCAUGCAACUGUGAUAUGACCUCUCCUUUCUCUCCCAGGUAAACAGCUAGCCAUGUUGAACACCAGCUCGGCUGUGAGGACCUGUGGCUUUGACUUCAGUGGCAACAUCAUCAUGUUCUCUACAGACAAGCAGAUGGGCUACCAGUGUUUCCUCAACUACUUCGACCUCCGCGACCCCCAGCAGAUCGGUAAGUAGUGUACACUUCUGAUGAUUAGUCUUAAAACAACCCCUAGACCCUUACCCUGUUGGUUACACAACUGAAGGAACGGGAUAUAAACUGCUGUUUGCAGGUGAAGGUGAACGCAACGUUGUGAUAACGUUCCCUUGCCUUCUAAUGGGCUUUCUGGAGCGUCAGCUGUAUUGUUUAUGCAGUUCCUUUGACCAGAAUGUAUCUAUCUGGUGUCACAGCCAUUACAGUUGUCUGAGGAUGUUUCUCCCUAUCUUUCCCCCUCUCUCUGUCCCUCCCUGUAGAGGACAACCAGCCGUACCUGACGGUGCCCUGCGCUGAGUCUAAGAUCACCAGUGCUGUGUGGGGGCCUCUGGGAGAGUUUGUUAUCGCUGGUCACGAGAAUGGGGAGAUCAACCAGUUCAGCGCCAAGGUGCCCUGACACAGACCCUGACACACACAUUAACACACCCUGACACACACACAUUAACACAUACACACAUUUAUUGAAGACAGAAGGCAGAUAAAUUGAUAUCCUAAUACGUGUAUCACAUCAUUAUACUGACAGUAUUUUCUCUGACGUGUGUGUUGCAGUCUGGAGAGGUGCUGAAGAAGGUGAAGGAACACACCAAACAGAUCAAUGACAUCCAGACCUCUGUUGAUCUGACCAUGGUCAUCACCGCAUCUAAAGACUGCUCCUCUAAGGUAGCCAGGCAUGACUGCCCAGUGGAGAGAUGGAGAGAGGAUGAUGGGUGAAAAGAAGUGGAGGGGGUAGAGAGAUGGAGAGGUGGAAGGGUGAAAGGAGUGGUAGAGAGAUGGAUGUUGAUGGGUGAAAGGAGGGUUGGAGAGAGGAUGAUGGGUGAAAAGAAGUGGAGGGGUAGAGAGAUGGAGAGGUGGAAGGGUGAAAGGAGAGGUGGAGGGGUGAAAGGAGAGAUGGAGAGAGGAUGAUGGGUGAAAAGAAGUGGAGGGGUAGAGAGAUGGAGAGGUGGAAGGGUGAAAGGAGUGGUAGAGAGAUGGAUGUUGAUGGGUGAAAGGAGAGCUGGAGAGGACUGGGGCUUCUUAACUAGUUGAGUUCAACAGCUGACUGCCUGUAUGUACUGACUGACUGUGUCUACCCCACAGCUGUUUGACUCUACAACUCUAGAUCACAUCAAGUCCUUCAAGACAGAGAGACCCGUCAACUCUGCUGCCAUCUCCCCCAUCAUGGACCACGUGAGACACACAGCACAGACAACCACACCAGACAACCACUGACACACACGACAGACAAACAAACACUCACUUAUCCCAGAGAACAUUUCUCCAGCACCUCCUUAUCCCAGAGCUGACCUUUAACCCCUGUGUGUGUUGUAGGUGGUGAUGGGAGGAGGUCAGGAGGCCAUGGAGGUCACCACCACCUCCACCAGGAUCGGCAAGUUCGAGGCCAGGUUCUUCCACGCAGCUUACGAAGAGGAGUUUGGCAGGGUCAAGGGUCAUUUUGGACCCAUCAACUGUGUGGCGUUCCACCCGGACGGCAAGAGGUAAGGUCCAAAAGGCACUAAAGAAUAGAACUUGAUUAUCCAAGUCUGUGGUCCUCUGUAGCUCAGCUGGUAGAGCACGGCGCUUGUAACGCCAAGGUAGUGGGUUCGAUCCCCGGGACCACCCAUACACAAAAAAAAAUUGUAUGCACGCAUAACUGUAAGUCGCUUUGGAUAAAAGCGUCUGCUAAAUGGCAUUAGUAUUUAUUUUUAUCCAUCCAAGUGUAGCACAUGGGAUGUGUAUCUCUGUCCUCAACCUAAGUGUCCCCAAUAGCGCUGCUGAAUAGCUAGCUUUUCGGUGGCGCGACUGGUAAGAUGCUUCGGGGAGGACAGUCACGUGUGUUUCCAAGGCGGAGGUGCCAGCGUCGUCCAGGGUAGGGGGGAAUGGCACGCCAGGGUUGUGGGUUUGUUCCGGCACGGUGGGCCAGUAUGAAAAAAUAAUAUAUAAUAUAAUUAUGCACUAACUGUACGUCUCUCUGGAUAGAGCGUCCUGCUAAAAUGACUAAAAUGUAAAAUGAGCUGAAAUGGGGGAAGUGUUACUCGCUAAGCAAGCAUUGUGAUGGAAAUGAGUUGCCAUAUAAUACUUAGAAUGAUAACCAAGUAAAUAUAGAUUUCUUGUCUGUCUUUACCUAAAUGGUGAUCAUUCUCAGCUCUCAAUGAAUGCAAGUAACAGUUUUGGGGUCAAUUUCAGUUGAUUUUGGAACUGAAUCAUGUAAUGUCCAACUAAACCAGCGCGUCUGGAAAACUGAACCUCUUUCUACCUCUCUCUCUCGUCUUCAGCUACUCCAGUGGAGGAGAGGACGGUUACACUAGGAUUCAUCACUUUGACCCCCAAUACUUUGACUUCGAGCUGGAGGCGUAAACUGAAGACCAGCAGCGAUACUCUUUUCACCACCAGACAGGCUGUGGGACGGACACCAGGGGUGCAUCUCAAUAGUCUGAAGGAGCCUUUCCUUGUGUUCUGUCCUAUAUCUAUACUGAUCUGAGAACUCAGGAUAGGUGACAGCAAUAAUAAUGGUGGUGGAUGACUACCAGGAAUUGUUUGUCACUUGUUCAGUGGUUUUAAAUCUGUGUCGAUGGAGGAGAGGAAGCCACUGAAGACUAUUGAGAUGCACCCUAGUGAUGGGGGUGGGGAGACUUUAGGCCUGGGAAUUAUUUUGUCUGGUCAUCCAUAGUCCUGACAUCACUAAUAAAUAGCCCAACUGGAAUGUUUGGAUUGCCUUGGUUGACCGAAUAGGAAGGUAAAAAAUGUUCCGUACCCUUGGUUUUGCUCUCUUUUCAUCACUAUUCCAGAGUGUAUUUAAACUGAUUCUCCAAAUAAAUUGAAUUUGAGCUACA